CUUCUUAUACCCUUGCCCUAAACCCUAAUUCAAAUCAGCGCACUCUCAAAAUCCUACUAUAAAUCUUUUCUGUUGAAUCCUUUUCGCUCCCAAUCGGUGCCGUUUGAGAGCUAUCCACCAUCAUCAUGACUGCUGAAGCUGUGAAUCCGAAAGCAUACCCGUUGGCGGAUAGCCAGCUCUCCAUGACAAUUCUCGAUUUGGUUCAGCAAGCUGCAAAUUACAAGCAGCUCAAAAAGGGUGCUAACGAAGCAACAAAGACUCUGAACAGAGGUAUUUCUGAGUUUGUUGUGAUGGCUGCUGAUACCGAGCCCCUUGAGAUUCUUCUUCAUCUUCCACUUCUCGCCGAAGAUAAGAAUGUGCCGUAUGUGUUUGUUCCAUCCAAGCAAGCUCUUGGUCGGGCAUGUGGAGUCACCAGACCAGUGAUUGCCUGUUCUGUGACAAGCAAUGAGGGAAGUCAGUUGAAAUCUCAAAUCCAGCAACUGAAGGAUGCCAUCGAGAAGCUCCUGAUCUGAUUGUGUAAAGCCUUUUUCCAGCAUGAUGGGCCUCUGGAGCAACUCUGUGGCUUUGACUGAGUGAGUUCGGGAUCGUCUCACUGUCGUUUUGCGUAUGUCUUGGAACUGUCUGUAACCAUAUUUAUACUUAGUUGUGUACUGUUGGCACAUGAGACUGAUCAGAGCUUUUUUUUGGUUUACUUGUUAUGAGGAUUGCCUUUUGAUACUGAGUGAAAUUUUUGCCUUGUGGAUUCCAUA